CAACUACACACCGGUAAUAGCCUCACAACUUCCUAUUAAGGGUUGCACCAAAUUUGUCCAUCAGAGGGUGCUGUGAUAGCAGCACAAAAAACAAAUGCUAACUGCACAUUCAUUCAUUAAAUGACCAAAUCUCGCUCAUUACCCCAAACUGUCAGACACCAGAGUGUCUCAUGUAGACAUCAUUAACUAGCGUUUUAUUGUUGAGACUUUUUUUGUGUAAUUAUGAAGUAAACUUCACAACAGAGCCUGCUUUAUAAUAACACAAAAAGCCUUUGAGACAGCCAUGUCACAUGGGCAUGACUAAUGAGAUGUGUCUAAUUGCGAUGUAUUUAAAUACACUGGAACUCUUUCAGUGCGUAGCUUCCUGACUUAAUGGAGUAGAAGAGCCUUCAAACUUUAAAAAAAUCUAUAGAUUACAGAAACUAAUUACAAUAUGGCUCCCAGUCUUUCAAGUCCUCACUACAGUGACAUUCCCUUUGAUAUAUCCUUCUCUGGAUCGGGAUUUUUGAGCAUCUACCAGUUGGGAGUCACCUUAGCCUUCCUGAAGUACACACCCUGGAUCCUUCAGUCAGCACCCCACAUCCUCGGUGCUUCUGCUGGCUCUCUGGUAGCAGCUACUGUGGCCUGUGAAUUAAACCCCAUUCUCAUACGGGAUGAGAUACUUCUUUUCGCCAAACAGUUAAAGUCUUUUACAUUGGGAGUAUUUAACCCUUCAGUCAGCAUAUCCAACUGGCUAAGGAGUGUUCUCCGCAAACAUCUUCCAUCCAACGCUCAUGAUUUGGCAAACGGUCGCCUUUGUGUUGCUGUGACCCGCAUGUCAGAUGGGAAGCAACUAAUCAUCUCUGAGUUCCAGUCCAGAGAGGAUGUAGAACAAGCUCUGCUGUGCAGCUGCUAUCUGUCUGGAUAUUGUGGCUUUCUGUCUCCAUUCUUUAAUGGAGAACGCUGCAUGGAUGGUGGUGUGAGCGGCUUUCUGCCCAGAAUGCCUGAGUCAUCUAAUAGCACGCUGUCUGUGUGUCCAUUUUCUGGAGACGCUGACAUCUGUCCCCCAGGCCCGCCUUGUACAAUAGAGAUGGAAAUCAAUGGAGUUAUGAUCAAGGGCAACAGGGACAACUGCAGGAGAAUGAUCAGCGCCCUUUACCCCUUUAGACUGGAGCCUCUAGAACAAGCUUUUGACUCUGGUUACAAAGACUGCAUUCAGUUCCUUUGGAGUAAAGAUCUUGUUUCUUGUGUGAUGAGCGUGUCUGAAGGAUCCCCAAGCUAUGACCCAACUAAUGCCCUGAAGUAUUUGGAGACCACCAGAGUGGAAGAAGAAGAAAUGAGGAGGGAAAAUCAGGCCAGCGCACUGACAUCCUUCACAGACUGCAGAUCCAAGCAGAUGGUCGACUCCACCGAUCCAGAAAACACCAAAGAUCCUCCUCUUCAUUUUGAAGUUGUAAAAAACGUUCUUUUGGGUCAUGUGACAUCUUAUUUAAGCAUGUUUGGACUUCCUGUUAUCAUGCUGUCCAACCUGCUUCUGCCACUCGUCGUGUCCUUUUAUGCUCUCCUCCAGAGCAGGCAAAGGCGCAAGUUGUUACUUAGGGAGGCUCCUGAGUUUGUGUACGGGCUUUUGCUGGUCACAAAAUAUUUUGGACUAUUUUUCCUCAACAUACUCAUCUGCACCACCAAGCGGCACAUAACAGACAGGGUGGCAUACAUGCUGCUGCUGCUGCACUGGCUCAGGAUUUAUCCACAUUAUAAAGCUCACUGA